AAACCGUAACACUAUUUGUGAAUCAUAUGUGAGAUUCAAAACAACGAGCGUUUCAUUAAAUCGUUGAGUGAAAGCAAAUUGCGAUUCAUUUCAAUGAUUGUAUGCUUUGAUUGACAUUUCAAGUGUCACUCAAUUGAUCCCAUUUUAGCCAUCCAUACAUUGCCAUCGAUUGGCGGCCAACGAGUCGUCAGUGAAUGCCGUUUAGAGUAUUACGAGUUGUCGACAAUUGAAAGACUUUGUUAUCCCUUCAAUGUAUGCCUCGCGAGGAAUCGGUCGACAGGCGUCGGGACAACAGGACAGCGACCGGAACCGCAGUCCGUAUAACAAUUCGCCCGAUUGUAACUUCAGAGCCGAUGACGCGGACAACACUCGCGAUCCACUGCCUCCGGAUGUGGCCGUCGAUCGCAAACCCUUUCCAAUUGCGCCAAACGCUAGUGAUAUAGAGCCCAACCCUUCGUACGGCUAUCGCGAUCCCGACCACAGACCCGAUCCGUACGCCAAUAGGGAUUACGACCGCAAACCUGUGAUCCCAAGCGAUCGAGACUAUGACCGACGCCGAGAGCCGCCGACCGGUCGAGACUACGAUCAACGCCGACACGAGCCGUCUGGCGGUCGUGAUUACGAUCGGCGAAGCGGUCCGCCGAGCGGUGGUCGCGAACAUAGGGCCGGACCUAAGAGUAAGACUGAUUACGACCGCAGAUAUGAGUCUCAGCGAAGAGAGUACGACUCGAGACGUCCCGAACCGCCCAGAGAUCGUGAUUUUGAGCGACGACCUGAUCCGCAAAGCGGUCGAGGCUUUGAUCAACGACCCGGACCUCCGCCGGAACGAUAUGUUGAGCCUCAAAGUGGGAUCGAUUCGGUCCGAAGACCGGAACCGCCUAACGAUACAAAAGGCUUUUACAAAGAGGCAAUCGAUGACACAUAUAGAUCUUCACCGGCGGACGCCUAUACACCGCCGCAAACACUUCCGCCGCCACCCGUUGCCGCACGUCCUCCACCGGCACCGACUCCAAGCUAUUCCAAACCUCAGUCAUCGAUGGCCUCCGAACCACAACCACAGAGACCUACUGCUGGCCAGAGUUAUAGUCGGCCGACACAAGGCAUGUCUGGUAUGGGUAUGGAUGACGACGAAGAACUGACUGAAGAGGAGCGACAACUGAUGAUUUUCCAAGAAAAACUAAAAGAACUUUUUCUUGGCGUCGAUUCCAUAGAUAAACUCAUCACUCUGAAAGAGUCGUACACACAAAAGGCGCAGUCAUUGCAACAAUUGUUUGAUAGAUCGGCGCUAAGAGAAGGCGAUAUAUUGAGGAAUAAGGCGCGCAAAAGAGAUGGCUUUAAGGAUCCGAUGCUUCUCGAGAUGAGGCGACUGCAGGAAGACGUGAAGAAGAGACUCGAAGAGUCGCAUAAAAUUAAUGUCGAAAUCGACAAAAGGAUUCGCGCCUACAAUAAGGCAAUGAAAGAAUCGAUGGCUCAGGAGGAGGGGAUCCAACUUCGAGACGGCAAUAGCGUCGAGCAGAGCGAUAAGCCCAGCAAUUAUGAGGCACAGCUCUUGAUCCAGAACUCAUUGAUCACCACAACUGUUGAGGAGGAAGAGAGCGAUGAGGACGAGUUCGAGUACGAGAACUCGAAGCACGAGUACUUUGAUUCGGGCAAUCAUUGGUGCCGUGAUUGCGACAAAAUGGUGCCCAAAAUUGGCGAGUAUUUCGAUCACUUGCAGUCGAAACCGCACUGGGAUUUGGCCAACAAUGAACUCAAGCCCUGGAGGAAGAAUAAGAAGCCGACAGUCGCUGACAUUAUUAACGCCGCUUCGAAAGAACCAAAUAGAGUGAUGAAUAGAGCGAUGAAUGAGAAGAUCAAAACGCCUUUGAGAGGGGCCCAAUUUCUCAUUCCAUUGAAAGGCUUUUAUUGUCCGCUCUGUAAAGAGUAUUUAGCCGACGACCCGAUGGCCGAAGACCACCUCAAGUCAGCCAAACAUAACCGCAUUUAUAAUCGCUUUAUUAUGCUUAACGGGGAUUACGAGCACAAGUGGAACAGCGAUAAGGGAAAGGCUCUCUCCAGACAUCAGAUCAACGAAAGAAAACGAGUGAAAGACGAGGAAAUAAAAGAGUUGGAAAAGAAGAAAAUCAAAGAAGAACUGAAACAGAAGGAGGAAAAGGAGGCGAAGAAACGCAGGCGAGAGGAGGAGAGGAAGCAGAAGGAGAAGGACGACAGGGAGAAGGAUCGAGAGGAGCGCAACAGGUCUAUGACCAACAAUUCUUCGGAUCGGUUUAGGCUCAAGAGUGUGACAUUAGAUCUGAAGGGCAGUAAGAGUUCGUCACAUAAGGACAGGGAUAGGGGUCGAGACCGCGAGAAGAAGAGGGGACGCAUCUAUUCCUCCUCUUCUGACUCGUCUCCAUCGCCGCCGCGAAAGAAGAGGACAUACUUUGGCGAUCCAUAUGAGGACCCGAAACUCAAACUCAAAUCAUUUGUACCUUUGGAUCGAUUGACUAAAAAACAAGGGAAAAGGUUUUACUGUAAAGAAUUGAUUGGAUUAAUAGAUGGCGUUUGGAAACCCAAACCCGAACCAGAAGUUAAAGUAGAACCAGAAAUGAAAGCCAAUUCUCCCCUCAAAAUGGACUUUGAUUUGCAAAAUGACGAGAAAGUGGAGAAUAAGGACCUGAAGAACGCCGUCGACGACAUUCUCAAGGGUUUGGGCGACGACGACAAGGAAGACGACGACACGAAACCCAAAGAAGUUCUGAAAGAUAAAGACUCUCCCGACUCACCGACAGAAGAGAAACAGUCGGAUGAAAAGCCAAUAGAAAUAGCGAUUGAAGUGAACGUCAAUAAUGAGGAACAAAACGGCGAUAAAAGCGGUGACAUUAGCGCCACAGCCGAUGGUUCAGAAAAUCAACUCCAGAUCGAUAUGGAUGUCAGUAUGAAAUCAAGUGUUGAUAAAGAGGAGACACCCAUUACUGAGGAAACAAUUAUACCAAACGAUUGUGAAGACAAUAACGAGACGAUCGAAAGUCCAUAA